CAUACAGAAAUUCUACAGACUGUCUAGAAAGAUUAUUGCAACUGAAACGUAGUAAAACUAUAUGUAACACAUUUCAUAAUGCUUUGAGUUAAGUAACAACGACUUUCCCAACGGAAUCUAACACCUGCUUUGUUAUGACUUACAAGCAGAAACAUUACUCAGAUAUCAAAAUCAUCAAUGAGAACCCGAUCAUUCACAUCAAAGUAAUUAUACGUAUAACACCAGUGCAGUUCAUUCAACAGUUCACAUUUAUAGAUAUUCAUACAAAAUUCAUGUGUCAAAAACAUUAUUAACUACAUAAAUACCAAGUGAUAAUAAAAACUAAAGCAUUACUCAUUUUAUCAGUACGUGUAAUACUUUGACAGGUGCGAACACUAGAAAGAUCAAUAAACACGUACAAAUAUUUUUCAAUACCUCUAUAUGAAACCGGGCUUCAGCAAAUCACAAUAAACCAUUAUUACAUUUCCCGUAAAUAAAACAAUUACGUGAAGUGUAUUCGAACGCAUACCAGGAGUUAAGUGGAUAACUGACACGAACUACAAAUCUAAAUAAAUCUGUGUCAAGAUUAAUAGCUAUUAACAAUGGGGUGAAGUUUAACAACAUAGCUUUUAGAACAACAUAUAUAUAACGUAGCGCGCAUUGUUUCACGCACAGACGAUUUCCUAGAGAAAUAAUAGUAUGUACAUUUAUAUACUAGUACUGAUUGGCAGUGUUUCUGCGAACAAUGAUCGAGGGCUAUGGAACUUUUGGGAAGAUCUAAUCGGCGCAACUCAAGAAACAUACGUUCCUGAAGAUGCAAGACUUAACAUAUCUCAAUUAGCGAAGAAAUAUAGAUACCCUCUCCAAGAACAUACGGUGCAGACACAAGAUGGAUACAUUUUAAAUUUCCAUAGACUUAACCGACAGAAAAGAGAAGAAAGGUCAGUUGUGUUUCUAAUGCACGGUAUUGUCGAAAGUUCUGAUUGCUGGAUGCUAAUGGGACCUAAGAAGGCGUUGGCCUAUGUGCUGGCAGACCAAGGCUUCGACGUGUGGAUGGGCAACGCGAGAGGAAACAAAUACUCUCUAGCGCACGCGUCUAUGAACUCUACGCAGUCAGAGUUUUGGGACUUUUCAUGGGAAGAAAUCGCUUUGUACGACCUGCCAGCAAUGAUCGACUAUAUCCUCAAUAGGACAAAACAAGAUAGCUUAUACUACGUGGGACAUUCGCAAGGAACAACAGUCGGCUAUGUAUUGGGUUCAAUGAAGCCCGAAUACAAUAGUAAAAUGAAACUUAUGUUCUCACUGGCUCCUGAAGCGUGGAUGGGUCACGUUCAAAGUCAUUUAUUGAGAUUUUUUUCACCCGCUCAAAAUGUGCUGGAGUUAAUACUGUCGGAUUUUAACACUAUUAUGACAGGGACGGAUUUCUUCAACAAAAUAUCGGGUAUUGUUUGCUCUAUUAUGCCAGUGAAUUGUGACAAUGUUUUGUACUCGUUAUCAGGAUAUGAGACAAAGAUAAAUGAGACGUUUUUGUCGGUUAUAUUAGGGCACAGUCCUACUGGUUCAUCGAUACGUCAGUUCUCACAUUACGGACAAUUGGUACACUCCGAGCGAUUCUGUCGAUAUGAUUACGAUGUCGUAGAGAAUUUACGCAGAUAUGAGUCAUUAACCCCGCCUGAUUACGAUCUAAGUAAAGUAACAGUGCCUGUAAUUUUAUUUUACAGUUGCAAAGACUGGUUAUCGGACCCGAAGGAUGUUGAUAUCCUUAAAAGCAACCUGCCAAAUGUCGAUGAGGAAAUUUACUUGAACGAUUUUACACAUUUAGACUAUCUUUACGCUGAAGAGGCAGUUAACAUUAUUUAUAGAAAAAUUAUCGAACUAAUUGAUAAGUUCGAAAACGUUCUCUAUGUUAAAGCCAUCGGAAGUCGGACGGAAAAUACUCCAAACAGCGUUUUGGCACCAUAUGGUCCAAAAAAAUUAUUCAAAAAAAUAUAUAGGUAAAAUGAUUUAUACAUAUUUGUAAAGUUCUGUUUGUUUGAAUCAGAUUUAUAAUGAAUAUUAAAUGUAGAACGCCUUUUUUAAAUAGUUUUUUAAUGAAUUGAUUGGAACGUAUGCCGAUUGUAUAUUCACAGUUUGAGAAAAUAUUGUUUAUGUUCAAUUAUUUAUGUUCAAUAGAAAUAAAAAAUAACUGUAACAUCUACACUAAUUUUAUAAAGAGGUGAUGUAUGUUAGUUUGUAACAGUUCAAGGGGAUAAUCUCCGCAUGUACCGAGCCAAUUUUACAAAUUAUUUUAAUAAAAGAAAGUACAUUAUUUGUGAGUGUUAAAUAUUUCAUUUUGAUACGGAAAGUAUUUCCCGAAACGGCUAGAACGUAUAAAA